AUGGAUUCGACUGAACAGCUCCCCGUCCCACCAACCUCUGCCACCUCCUCAAAUGGCCGCCAAUCACCGAGCAAUAGGACGGAAACCAUUCUCAGCCUCGUCGAGAUGCUCCUCCAGGAGGGCGCAUUAAAAUCUGAAGCAUCGAAGGCACAAGCACCCAGUUUCGAAGACGAUCGGGACGUUCCCAGUGUGGAUGAGCAUAUUCAAGCAGCGGGAGCUGAUGCCUUCAACAGGUUCCAAAGAUCUGUCAAUUCUCUAGACAAAGAAUUGCGCAAUUUCGCGAACGCCGCUCGUCAACUGGGAAGCUCUGUCGCCAUUCUCGCCUCCGGCUUCCACCUUCGAGAACGCCUAGCGCAACUCCUCUUCCUUUAUCGUGAAAACGCAGCAGAUCUCUUUCCACGCAAGGUCUCGCAUGUCGUCCGGGAAAACGCCAACGGCGUCGAUUCGGGCGUAUAUCCAGGAAGUCGGAAGAGACCUCGCACACUGAGAGGAAAGGCUCCCCAUCUGCACGUUCCCAGACCCACCGUCACGGAAAACCUCGAUCCCGAAGACUUCCCGGAACAGUUGGAGCUCCUGGCGAGAGAUGUUAGAACAUUUUUGAACUGUCUCAAUGAAUUUCCUGAAUUCACUGACGAGGCCGUUAAUGCCUCCAUCCUCUCCUUCGAGGGAGACCUCCGGUAUUGGGCUUCAUGUCUACGUGAAUAUUCGGGCCAAUUCAGGUAUCCAGCAGUCCAGAGGUAUAUCCACGAGCUGUCGCAGGAGAUCAAGGAGCACCUGGACACUAUCACGUCGUCACUCCGCAUGUUCAUCGAAGUUGGUGUUCCUACGAUCCGCUUUGCUCAGAAACACGGAUCCAACAACCUCCUCAAUUUAUCCACUAUUGCAACAUUUUUCUCUGCAGUCACCGCAACCACCCUGCAAUUCUCAUUCGAACGAGCGGAACUCCCGGAUGAACAAGCAGUCAAUACAUUCUGGUUCGCUUCCUUGGUCUUCAGUAUUGCCGCGGCUGUGAAUAGCCUGCUUGGUCUAACUUGGAAGCAGGCGAUGUAUCGUUCCCCAGGUCAUCGUGUCCCCUGGUGGGUCUUGAUUUGGAUCAAGCGUUCUCCCCUCGUGUUUUUGGUGCUUUCAGUGGCAUGCUUUUCGAUUGGCCUCUGCUUGUUCGCCUACUCCUCUCAUCAGGGGCCAGUCACGUCGACAGUCACAACUGUUCUCACGGCGUUCACGUCUUUCGGUCUCGCAGCUGUGUCAGCAUGGUUUGCCUCGGAACGAUGGGCCUUUGCCCGUCAUCGUGGUCAGAAAUGGCUUAGCGAUGUCCUCAAUGAAACCGUUGAAGAGUUCAUUCGCCUGCCUGGAAUCAACUGGAUUUACAAGGCCUGCGCGUUCCUCUCUCGCCAUCUGGUGAGGUUUGGCCAUAUCUGCCACCAGAUCUCUUCGACCAUCAAAGACAUUGGGGCCAGUUGUAUCCAUCGUCGAUCUGACGAGAAAAGCGACGACCUUGAGGCCAAUGGGAUCCCGAAAUCCGCAACACUCCCCGUUGCCUUCACCCCCGAGCCGUCGAGGUCCACGAGAUUCUCCGCCGAUACCCUUGUGUCACCAACUGUGGAGUCUGUUCCCAGCUCGAAGCCCCCGCCUCUGCCUGCUAACUUUCCUCUCUCGCCCCAAUCGAACGAUGUGGGUACGGGGCCAACUUCAGCCGUGACAAGUAUCACGUCACCCAGUUCCCCCAAUCCGCCUGCUCCCCCGAGUCAUGGCAGGCUGUUAUGGAAGAAUGCGAUAAAGACGGUCAAGAUACACCAGCAACAAUCUGCGCUAGCUGCCCAAGCUAGCGCUGCCGAAGGCGAGGCCUCCACGUCGACAUCACCUCCGGUGGUUGGACGAUUCCCUGUCAGGCGUAGGACCACGUCUUCCACUGGCACAGGAAGUGGGCUACCCCUCAACGAAAAGAAGAAAACACUCGUCCCAGAGCCUAUCGCCGUGGUCAAGUCGCGGAUAUCAUCGCUGGUGCCCAAGUUAUCCAUGAUGGAAGCCACCCAAGAUUUGUCCGCUCAUACCGCCCUUGUACGACACCUCCAAUUUUCACCUGAUGGCCGGUAUCUGGCGACGUCGAGCUGGGAUCGGACUUCUGUCAUCUUCAAAGUCGGGGACCCCUGUGUGCAGCACCGUGUUCUCGCACAUACUCAAGGUUUCGUCGGUCAAGUCGCAUGGUCACCUACUGGGAACAUCCUCCUUACCAAAUUGCCUCGUGGUAUCAAGAUAUGGAUCGCAGACUCUUCUCAUUCAGACCUGCUGUCAAUCAACGCAGAGAGGAUUUGCACGAAGCCCAUCAAUCGCAAUGUCGCCGUUGAAACCUUGACAUGGAUGCCAGACGGACAAUCAUUCCUUUCGGUGGAAGAAUCGACUGUCACGAAGAUGAACUUGCAAGGGCGGGUAUUGGAACAAUACGACUUUGGAAACAUCAAGCUUCAUGAUGUGGCGGUAACGCCAGACUCUGCGCGUCUCGUUGGUGUCGGUCCUCUACUAGCAUCCCCGACUGGACUUCAACCGAGCAAAUCUCGUGUGGAGAAACGGCUCGUCGUAUAUAAUCUCGAAAUGAAGCAGGUCGAAAGCCAAGUACCGGUACUGAACGACGUUCGCGAUAUCACCAUCUCUCAGAACAUCCGCGGGGAUUGGAUUGCACUCAUCAGCUACGAAAACAAGGCCCCGCCACAGCUCUGGAAGAUUGAAUUGGUCCGGGAUAGGGAGAAUAUGAGCUCAGUCGCUCGGCUGACGCUUCGACAUACAUACAUGCCCAAGGUGUCGGUAGACUUCGCUGGACCCAGCUACUUUGGUGGAAAGAACAACGAACUGGUUCUCUGUCCAGGGAAGGCCGGCGAUAUUCACAUCUGGGACCAAGAAUCCGGCGCUUUACUGCACCUCAUCAAGGGUCAAGCUCACGGUGGCGAUAUGACCUGUCUGGCUUGGAACCACUCCGCCGAUGACCCAUUCAUGUUCGCAACGGGAAGCCAUGACGGCGCAGUUCGCAUUUGGACGAGAUUGGGAUCUGAGGUCGAAGUCCCCGUGCACGACACGCGACCAACCAUCCCAUUCCCGCUUCCCUAUUACAAAUAUGCCAUUGAGCGCACCGACAGCCCAGACAACGUUCUGCCGGAUAAUGUCUCGACCCACAGUACCCAAGGAAGUGUCCGCGAACGCGGCCGUCGACCACGCGCUCUCAGCUUCUCAAGUUCGGCUUCUUCGAAGCUUUAA